UAUUAUUUAAAUUCCUUUUUUUUUGAAAUAUUAACCGACUUUUUAAAAUCUCGGAAGUAAAUUCUUUCCAAUAUUUUUUAAAAGAACGAAAGAAGUAAAGAACCAAAGAAAGGACACUCAAUUUGCAAGAGCGUGAAGUAGGGGUUGUUGUUUAGCACUCAUGUUUACACAAGAUUCCUUCGUCUGCAAGUAAAUUUGAACGAGACGAAAGUUGCAAAGUUCACUGAAGAAAAAUGAUUUAGUCUAUAAUAUAUGUGCAAUUUGUGCAUACUAUAUUUUUAAAAAAAAUAAAGUAUUCAAAUCUAAAAUGAAAAAAAGAAACUUGCUUGUUUUUUCCUGGCUCAUUUUGUUGUAUGCAAAUGGGGUGAUGUACUUUCUUCAAGGGUUUUUGUUAACUCGCCGAGAAAUUCAUCUAAAGUCCGCAGCGUUUGACGGUGUUUCUUGUUGUUUGGAAUCAAAAUACGAGAAAAUCAUCAUUCUUAUCAUUGAUGCUCUUCGCUAUGACUUUCUUGUUUACAACAAUUCCACAAACAAGAGUAGUAUACCAAUCUACCAAAAUAAUCUUCCUGUUGUGGAAAAGUUAUUGAAGGAUAAUCAUGGUGUGCUGUAUCAGUUUGUUGCAGAUCCUCCCACUUCUACAAUGCAACGUUUAAAGGGCAUUACCACUGGAUCUUUACCUACUUUUAUUGAUGUUGGAAGCAAUUUUGCAAGUGAUGAGCUCAAAGAAGACAAUAUCCUCAGUCAGAUUACUUCGUCAGGAUUAAAUAUUACAUUUAUGGGCGACGACACUUGGUUGCAGUUGUUCCCAAGGUCUUUUCAACGUGCAUUUCCUUUCCCAUCCUUUGACGUGUGGGACAUUCAUACUGUUGACCGAGGAGUGGAACAACACUUGAUGCCAGAAAUGAUGAAACCCGAUUGGAAUUUACUGAUUGCCCACUGUCUAGGAGUUGACCACACUGGUCACCGUUACGGUCCAGAGCAUCCUGUCAUGCCCCUCAAGUUAAAGGAGAUGAACUCUUUAAUCGAAAAAAUCGUGAGUAACAUGAAUCCUCAAACACUACUCCUAGUCAUGGGUGACCACGGAAUGACACGAAGCGGUGAUCACGGUGGUGACAGUCCAGAUGAAGUCAACGCCGGUUUUUUUGCGUACAGCCCAGGAUGGAAUAUCAAAUUCAACACCUCCAGGACAACAUCAAUCAACCAAGUGGAUCUUGUACCAACCCUGUCAGUACUGCUGGGCAUACCAAUUCCGUAUUCAAAUUUAGGUUCUGUAAUAUUAGACCUUGUUUUUCCCGAGCAGCUGUGGAGAGAAACUCGCCCCAGUGAAGAGCACAUUAUGAAAAUAGCACAGUCAUAUUUCUCCGAAGCUCUGUAUUUGAAUACCAAGCAAAUCUGGCGUUAUUUGGAAACCUAUAGCCGUGAUUCGUCAUUUCCGAAGAAAGAAUUCGAACAUCUCAGCAGUCAGUUUGACCGUGCUGUCCAUCUUUUCGAACGUUUACAAAUGAAACAGUGUUCCAAUUCGUGUACCUCCGAUUCAAGUUGUUGCGCUCCGGACGAAAAACUCGAAGAAUUCAUUCAGGCAGCGCAGAUUUUCCUCACUGAAGCUAAAGAAAUAUGCCGUUCCAUGUGGGCUCGUUUCGAUCUAACGUCCAUUUCUAUUGGAUUGACAAUUUUUACUUGCUCACUGUUUCUACAUGCGAAUUUUCUCAUCGAAUCCGAAUUGAAUUGGAUGAAACCUGUCAAAUAUUUCGGUAUCAUUGGAGCCUUCCUCUCCAUCUUAGUGCACAGUUGGUCUUCUGUGUUGACUCUUGGAUUAAGUUUAACACCAGUGUUCGUUUAUUUGGUUGGGACUAUGCGGAAGAUUCGACUUCAACAGUUAUUUAAAUUUGCUUAUCUCGCCCCAUUUGUCAUGGCUGCUUCCUACACUUCAAACAGUUUCGUUGUUGAAGAACCCUACGUCGUUCACUACCUGGCACAAUCAUUCAUCUGGAUUCCGAUGUUCUUCAGACGCCAAACGAAAAAUCGUCAGUGGAUACUUCGGAUUGCAUUGAGUUUGACAACUCGAUUAGGAUUGGCCUUUUUUCGCUGCCGUGAAGAACAGUUUCCUACUUGUGAAGCCCACAGCCUUCACAGGAGCCUCAAUAGUCUUUCUGGAACUAACUGGAUAGUCUUUGCAAGAGUGUCUACAGCAUUGGUGUCUUGCAUUGCUUUUUAUCUACUCUACAAACGAUACCUUCCGUUUGACCGCAAAAACUUAUUUAUCGCCAUGAUCAUCUGGUGCUAUUGGAUUUUACAAAGUGCGUGUUUUCUGACCGACAGUGACACAAUUGGACUCGUGUACCUUCCAAGAUUGUUCUACAUUGUGUUCAUCGUAACAUUUUGCCAUGACAUUUAUACGUUUUUAUUCGAUAAUGAACUGGGUAAGAUGUCAAACUAUCGCAAAAAGAUAUCUAACCUGGUUAUUCUACUGUCAACGCUGGCCAUUUUGUUAGCUGGUGAUGGCCUGGCCCCAGGUAUUAUUCUGGCACUGGCUAAUCUUGUACUAUUCUCUCAACUCUUCACCGGAGAAAGCAAUUGCGGAGAGAUGUGGCCUCUUUAUGGACUUUUGUCAUUGCAUGGUUUCUUUGCUGGUGGACAUCAUACUAGCCUCGCUAACAUUCCAUGGGAAACUGCUUUUGUGGGUUUAUCCCACUCCGAUAGCCAAAGUGAAUGGGCUAACGUGCUGCCAGUUUUGUUUGUCAGUUAUAGCACGGCAUUUUCUAUGCUCCUACACGCCAUGUCCGUCCCGAUCGUGUCACUUUCGAACGUGACACGAAAGAACAAAGACUCGCAAAUGUUAUUAGUUAAUGGCUGGCUACACUUUUUGUUUUUCCAUGCUGUGCGCUUGUUUGGCUGUAUGGGCGCUGCAGCAUUACACCGCCGCCACCUGAUGGUUUGGAAAAUUUUUGCUCCACGACUUCUCUACGAGCUACUUUUCGCUGUUUACACUUCGUUGGGAAUUGUUGCAUCUUUAUUCCUUUUUCAGGCAACGAUGUAAAUAUAUUUCGUUCUUAUCAUUUUCAACCCGAGACAAUCGAUCAAAAGACAAAAAGUAUUCAAAGAGGGAAAUAAUCAAUUGAGGGAUUGUCCGUUGCCGGCUUUAUAAAGGGAAACGAUUACAACAGAAAGGAAGCCCUUAGAGAGAAAAAAAAACAUUAUUGAAUGGAAGAAUUUAUGAAAAGCUUAAUCAUUUUUUCUUUCUUUCUUUUUUCACUUGACAUAGGAGUGAAUAACUUUGCGGAUGAUGGAUACACAUUCCAGCAUUUCCUUUUCAUUGAUGACCAGUGGUGGAGCAAAA